CCAGGUCCAACUGGCUAAAGGAUGGUAGUGGGUCCAUGGAGUUCUCCUGCAUAUCCAGUAGAUCAAGGAUGUGUGGAGUAAAGUAGUUUGUUAUUUUAUCCUUGGCCUUCCAGUGAACCUCUUUUCCCUUGCCGGAGGAGGUCUUUCCGGUGACUUUCUGAUUAUGGUUGGGGCAGGAGACACCCUCUUUGUGACCAAGUUUUUUACAAUUAUUACAGAAUGGAGGGAUUCUACCAUAGAUACAAUUGACAAAGAGGUUAUUUCCACCUGCUCUUAUAUGAAUUAAGGGGGGAGGGGGAUGUGAAAUAUCCAUCUCAAUACAAAUUCUGGCUUGCUCCCUCCUAUCUCUAUUAAUGGUGUGAUCAUCCACCUUAAUAGGUUUUCCCAACAGAGAUGAUAUGGUGAAAAGGGCUUGGAAGUCAAUGAAAUGUAGAGGCAGAUUGUCUAAGGUGAACAAUAUGUGUGCUGAAGAUAUUCUUCUGAUCCUAAAGUUAUGGAAGCCAGCUUUCAAUAGGAACUCCUUGAGGGCUGGUCCUAGGGCCCAUGGUGACAGAAGUUACAUUGAGAGGGGAUGGCCAGGAGUGAUAAGCAAUCUUGGUGGUGAAAGGUUCUCCCUCCCAUGUUCCGGCAUCAUCUGUGUUGUGGACGUGCUGAAUAGCCCAACAACACCGGUCAACCACCUGUCAGCGACGGCGGUUGCCGGCGACCGGGGAAGGGGCGGUGGCAGAUUCUGGCGACUGGCGGUUGGAGCAGAUUCCGGCGACCGGUGGCGGAUUCCUGUGGCCGACGGCGGAUUCCGGUUACGGCAGAUUCUGGCGACUGCGGUGUCCGGUGGCGGCAAGUGGGAGUCAAAGCUUGUAGUGGUGAGCUUUGCGUCAUCUGACCGUAGGAUGUCAUCUCACCGUAAAGUGUGAUCUCACUAGAGUCAAUCCCGUAGGAUGUCAAUCCCAUAUACGUAGGAUGUCAUCUCACCGUAAAGUGUGAUCAAGUAAUCAUUUUCGAAAAAAGAGUUGAAGGCAGCAGAAAGGUCUAUGUUCCAGUAGGGAACCAAUUCAAGUUGAUUAAAAACUUUGUCAAAAACCUCCAACUCUUCUAUCGUAAAGCUAGGGAGAAAUCAAAACUGGAUACACAAACUGGAAUGGCUUCGGAUUUUAGGGUCCAACCACAUUCUGGGAAAUCAGGCAACUGUGGAGAUUGGUAUCCAAUCGAAGAACAAACUCACCAAGUUGUUUCAAUCUCUAAAUCCUUACUGUGCUGGGAAAGUGAAUCUCCCCUGACCUCCAAUUUCUUUGAAGGGGACUUGGAACAAUUGAGCAAUGAGGGAGGGAUAUGGCAGGAACACUCUUGCUCCAAAUUAUUGUUUGCNGGUGUUUAUUGAUUCCAUUCUUCAACCCUUUAGAAUAAACACCUCUAGAUGCUCUAAGGUGUCAAUGCAGCUCCCUAAAUUAAACAAGGGUAAGUCAACCUUUUCACCAUCUCACAUGGUUACUAGAAGUAGGGCUAAGUUAAUAUCUGCAGGAAGGAAAGAACACCCCAUUAAGGGAGUAGACACAUCUGAGGAUGAGUUUACCGUGGAGGGCAUUCGCUCUGCUUUCAAGGAAAG